GGCUGAGGUUGUUGAUUUAUCUGUCGCCGAUGAUCUGUCAGGUGUAGAUAACGGUGAAAGUCACAAGACCUGUUCGUACUGUAUUGUUUUUAUUUGUAUGAACAGUGUGUUCAUUACAUGUAGUACAAAACGGACCGCUCUUACUGUAAAUAUAUUCGGAUUUAAAAGGUUGUUUUACUGUUUAAAAACUCCCGGACCGGUGUGACUGAAGUGAUGCAACAUGGCAGCAACUCCCCUCACUAGGUGUUUUCUCUUGGCACUUGGGAGACACAGUCGGUGUCAGAGCCGUGGACUUAACUCUGUGGCAGAGAGGACAGUCAGCAGGGUGUCCUCUGUUGUGAUAUGUGACCACAGCGGAGCAGAGAGGAACACAAGCCUGGAUAAAGGACCCCCGGUGGAGGAGUGGGACAGACAGGGUGGUCGGGACAGCAGCAGGAGCUCCUCUCUGAUCAAGUCAGUGGUGGGUUUGGGACUGUGCGGUGCGGUGCUGCUGGACAGCCAGGAGGAUGACAAAGUGAAGGACGGAAGUGUCUCCAUAUCCGGCCGGAUUCGUGAACUCAUCCUCCCCACAGCUCAGUGUGCCUCUCCCUAUAAACCCGACAGCCCCCGCUACAGAUAUAACUUUAUUGCAGAUGUGGUGGAAAAGUCCACUCCAGCUGUGGUGUACAUUGAAAUCGUGGUUAGGAACCCAUUUUCGGGAAGAGAAGUCCCGCUGUCAAAUGGCUCUGGUUUCAUCAUCAGCAGUGAAGGCCUCAUCGUCACCAAUGCUCACGUUGUGGCCAACAAGAGAGGCGUCCGCGUGAAGCUCAACAACGGAGACACGUACAACGCCACUGUGCAGGAUGUUGAUCAGGCGGCAGACAUUGCCACCAUCAAAAUCACUUCAAAGAAUCCUUUACCCACGCUCACCCUCGGUCGGUCGUCUGAUGUUCGACAAGGAGAGUUUGUGGUCGCCAUGGGAAGCCCGUUUGCUCUACGCAACACAAUAACGUCAGGAAUCGUCAGCUCGGUGCAGAGAGGCAGUAAGGAGCUGGGACUAUCUAAGACCGACAUGGACUACAUCCAGACUGACGCAGCCAUAGAUUUUGGGAAUUCUGGAGGCCCCCUGAUUAACUUGGACGGUGAAGUCAUCGGUAUAAACACCAUGAAGGUCACCGCAGGGAUCUCAUUUGCUAUUCCGUCCGAUCGCCUGAGGCUGUUUCUAGAUCAGGCAGCAAACAAAAAGAAUUCUUGGUUUGGUGAGUCAGAGGCAAAGCGGCGGUACAUUGGUGUGAUGAUGCUAACGCUGACGCCGAGCAUCAUCGCAGAGUUGAAGCUGAGGGAUCCAUCCUUCCCUGACGUGACGCACGGCAUCCUGAUUCACAGAGUGAUCAUGGGCUCCCCGGCCAACAGAGCUGGCAUGCUCCCAGGAGACAUCGUGCUGGAGAUGAAUGGAGUGAAGGUGAACACGUCAGAGGAGAUCUACCAGGCCGUCCGCAGCAGCGACAAAAUCACCAUGAUGGUGCAGAGAGGAAACGAGUUGCUUCGGCUGCAAAUGACUCCAGAGUACACAGAGUGACAAUAACUGCACGAUUUAGUUUUGUCAUGCUAACCUGAAGGAGGGUUGGCCUCAUGAUUACAUCAUGUUUAAAUGUACAAUUUUGAGCUCCGGUGUUUGAAGAUUUUUGUUAAAUAAAUUGUUGGUAGGAAAGUCCAGCAAAAAGGCUGCAGUGUCAGUACGUAUCCCCGAGGUUUAAACUUCUCUGCAUCAGUCUUUCUCUACAUGUCUGAUGGCUGUUAACAACACAAUGGUUUCAGUGUUAUUUCUCAAUUCAAGCUGUGUGAAUGGUCAUGAACCUGACAGCGCCUAAAAACUUAAAACGCAUUAACAGUCGAGUAUUUAUUCCCAGGUUUCUCUGAGUACAAUAAAUGUAUUUUCUACCUCUACAAAA